CGGCACGCCGUUUGCCAUUCCCAGGAAAAAAGUUCUCCUCUGCCGCCGCGUUUCUUCUAUAUAUAUUACCCUGUGCACACCUGUAUGCGAGGGUAGCUGAUUCGCAUGGCAGCAGUAGUACACCUGCUGUACCUUGACGCGCCUUAAGCCGACCUGCGUUUCAUCGUGGCUUGACGGUCGGCUUCAGUCAAAUAGCUUGCUUUACCUACCGUCACCUUCCCAUCUCGAGUCUACGCACAAUGACCGACGUACAUGAAAACACACCCUCCGCGGAGGAAGACCUUCCGGUCGAGUCGCUUAUUCAGGGACGCGCGAAGAGAAGCACCGCGGGGCUUCACAUGUCGGCUCUUCUGGAUGCUGCCGCUGACGACGACCUUGCACUUUUAUUCGAAGAAGUCGAGGACGAUAAUGAAUUUGCUGUAGAUGCAGAAGAAUUGGGUGGCGAGGAAGACGAUAUGCGUUUCGAUUCUUCGUCUGAUGAUGACGAUGACCAGGGACCCAGCGCCAAGGACGAUGACUUUGAAGGUGAACAACAACUACAGAAGGAAGAGCGAGCAGACAAAAAGAAGAAGAGAGCGAGGGAGGACCUUCGAUACAAGAUAGCUGCUAAGAGAGUCAAGAUCGAUCCCACCGCCGUCUCCGCAGUGCCUGCCCCACGGCCGAAAAAGAAGUCCGAACGCGUUUCUUGGAUUCCAACACCCGAGGAGGGCCCUACGAGAUCGUCGUCUCGCCGGCAAACCAUGCAGAACAAGGAGCUCACGCACGCACGACUCAAAGACAGCGAGGAGAAGCGGAUCCGUCUCAUAGCGACCAUGGAGGAGGCAGCGAAGCGGAAGGCUCAAUUUAAACCCAAGGAGAUGACACAGGCCGAGCGUCUCGCUGAAGCUGAGAGGGUAGAGCGGCACAACAGCAAAAGUCUUAACAGAUGGGAGGAAAUGGAGAAGAGAAAGGCAGAGGAAAGAAAAGCGAAGAUCGAGGCACUGCAGAACCGUCGUCUCGAAGGUCCGGUUAUGUCAUAUUGGAGCGGUAUAGCAACAUGGACUGAUGGUCGCUUAACGCGCAUUGGAAAAGUUGAGAUCACCGCGAAGCCGGAAAAAGAGGAGCCCCAACGCAAGAAGAGCAAGAAAAGCGACAAAGAAGGGAAAAAUGCGACGGAACUCAAACCGACCGAGGAUGGUGCUGCUGCUGGGCCUGCCACGUCGGAAAAAGCCCCUCCUGCAACUGACCAGCCCGAAAGCUCUAAGGAUCCGGUCGCGCCUGGUGAAGAGGCCGCGGCGAAGGAACAUCCCGAGCCCUCGAAAACCGAGCCAACUGAUUCCCAGCCGCUCAAAGAAGGUAAUGCGCCAUCAGAAAGCAGAACCACCAAUGCCGAUGGCGAAGCUUCCCCAUGUGCUCUCGAAUCUGCAUCUGCAUCUGCACCUGCAUCUGCAGAGGCCCCAGCCGCUGCCCCGGAGCAGACUUCCCCAACCACUGCCAUCGAGGCAUCGAAUACAGAAAAUGUGCCCAAGCCGCAUCCCGUAGAUAUCGAAAUGAAAGAUGCGGAAGCAGACACUCAGGUUUCUGAUAAGCCCCCACAAGGUGGAGAGGUAGAAGUUGCUCAACCAGCAGUCGACGCAAAGGAGCCAGAAGCGACUACAGCGAGUGUAGCUGGAGCGUCGCAGUCCUCACCACAGGCUUCCAAAGACCAGGAUCUUGCGGCCAAGCACGAGGGACAACAUGAGCUGAACCUGCCAGAGACGCAGCCGAAAUCAACUGAAACCACGCAACACACGCAAGAAAACCCAAGAGAUGCGACGAAGGAACCUGUUUCUGAGCCGCUUGCAGCCGCCGGCCAAGUGUCAGAGACAGUCGCAGCUUCGGAGGAGCUCUCACCUACCGCAGUGCCGGCCGCUGCUGAAGCACCUUCUCAGGCCGAUCCACAAAAUAUCCCGGUGCCAACACUAUCGGAGAAGGAGACUCUCGAGGUGCAUGCUAGUCAGCCACAUGUCGCAACCCAAGCAGAGGUCCCUCAACCUCCUCCAGUCAUUGAACAUACGGGACGCAACCUGACGAUCCUGGAAAACUUUGAUGAUAAGACUGCUCAAAGCCGAGAAUUCAGCAUCUACUUCAAUGCCAAGAAGCCCCCGAGGCUGACCAAGAUCUCCUCAUCCCUCUGUGUUAUCACAUCACUUCCCUCGCGCUAUCGGGAUCCCGACACCUCUCUUCCUUUCGCAAACGCUUAUGCUUAUCACGAGAUCCGAAAUGCCGUGUCGCAGAAGUUCAGCUGGAGCCCAAUGCUUGGGUGUUAUGUAGGCCCAGCGGGAGUAGCUGCACGCGGAGUCCCGGCAAGGUUUCUGGGCGGCCCGGAAGCGAAGGAGGAAACCACGAAGAGCGCGCCCACUGCGGGUGAUAAGACCAACGAGGACUCUCCUGCGACCAAAGCGGAUGGGGAAGUGAAGACUCCAGCUGCAGGUGAAGCUUCGACUACCUCGAAAACGUCUACACCUGACCCUGGUCCCGCUGCUGCACCUACUCCCACCCCAGUGGCAUCGACUUCCAUCCCAGUGGCAUCCACUCCCGCCCCAGUGGCAUCCACUCCCGCCCCAGUGGCAUCCACUCCCGCCCCAGUGGCAUCUACUCCCGCCCCAGUGGUUUCUAUUCCCGCCGCAGUGGCUGCAACUGAUCCAAUGGAGAUUGAUCAAUGAUUACUAUCGCACCUGGGCUGCCUUGAACCCCGACUCUUUUGUCAGAAUAUGUAUAAUACUAUGAUUCAG